AAACCUCUACUUUAGUAGUAGUAGUACCUAACAUUACUGUUACAGCGGUCACCUGGAAGGGGAAAGCAUUUUCACACCACUUUUUUUUAUUAUCAAGGAACAGUUUGUAAUGAUAAUAACAAUAAGCUGUAAAAACACAGCUUAUGACCUUUCACCUUUGAUGACAGCGUUUGUUCGAAGCAGUAAUGGACGGAAGGCAUGAUCCACCUUGCAGCAGCAGUUCAGGCCGUAUGAGUUUAUUACAGCAGGUACGUUAUGCAGCAGUGACAGUGGAGGCGGAAGCUGAACCAAAACUACAUGGCCCCGUACGAGGUGUGAUGGCAGCUGGGAGGCUUAUGAAUGCAGAUACGUGGCUUUAGGGGUGCAGCGCUGCCGUAGCCGGCACCAUGCAGCAGAAAGGUGCGAUCCAAAUUAUCGAAUGGGAGGACCUAGACAAGAGGAAGUUCUACUCCCUGGGUGUGUUCAUGACCUUGACCACCAGGGCCACCGUCUACCCGGCCAGCCUCAUCCGCACUCGGCUCCAGGUGCAGAAGGGAAAGGCCCUCUACUCCGGCACCUUAGAUGCUUUUGGCAAGAUCCUGCGAGCAGAGGGCGUGCAAGGACUCUACCGUGGCUUUAUGGUCAAUACGUUCACCCUGAUCUCAGGACAGGCUUAUAUCACCACCUAUGAACUGGUGCGCAAGUAUGUGUCCCAUUACUCGCCCAGUAACACGGUGAAGUCGGUGGUGGCAGGAGGGGCAGCAUCCCUGGUGGCCCAGACCAUCACUGUUCCCAUAGAUAUUGUGUCCCAGCAACUGAUGAUGCAAGGACAAGGGGAACACUUGACUCGCUUCAAGCCCAAACCCAAAAUGAUGCUCGCAGCUACUAAGCGCAGACCGACUUUUGGGCAAACCCGGGACAUCACGGUGCAGAUAUUUGCAGCUGAUGGCUUUAAGGGAUUUUACAGGGGCUAUGUGGCAUCACUGCUCACGUACAUCCCAAACAGUGCACUCUGGUGGCCUUUUUAUCAUUUUUAUGCGGAGCAGCUGUCUUUGUUGGCACCAAGUGAGUGCCCCCAUCUGAUUCUGCAGGCUUUGGCAGGACCAAUGGCAGCCGCAACCGCCUCCACCAUUACCAACCCCAUGGAUGUUGUUCGAGCAAGAGUACAGGUGGAGGGACGAUCUUCUGUUAUUGAGACGUUCAAGCAGCUGCUGGCAGAGGAAGGUGUCUGGGGGAUGACCAAGGGGCUUUCAGCCCGUAUCAUUUCCUCCUUGCCCACGUCUGUGGUCAUCGUGGUGGGAUAUGAGACCCUGAAGAGACUGAGCCUGCGAGCUGAACUGAUAGAGUCCAGGCACUGGUGAAAGACCAGAGGGAACCAGGACCGCCUCACAGCAAGCGUCCCCUCAACACAGACGGGCAGCAACUUUUCACACAGGAGACGGUGUCCCAGAUCUGUGUAGCUGCUUCCACUUGCUUCUUUUUAGAUCUGUGUUGUUUUAUUGCAGGUAUGAUGCAGCAGAGUGCAAGUGGUUUUCGGUACAUGGUUAUCUCGCCCUUUUCUGUUUGUCAGACCCAUUUCUACUGGCCUUGAAAACAAUGUUCUGCAUUUUUUUUCAAAACUAAAUAUCCCAUAAUAAAAAUACACAAAUCUUAAAAUUUUAACCAUGACGGAUGAAAGUUGCUUCUUAAAGUAUGGCAAGUAACAAAUCCCCUUUUGCUUAUUGCCUCCCAGUAAAUAAUAGUAUCUUUUUUUAAAGAAUUUGCGACAGGCCAGUAUGAGUUUUUCAAUGUGCCAGAAUGUCGUUUGUCCUAGUGAGCAUUUAAAGAGUAGAAGAACUUGAUAUCUGUCUGCAUUCCAUCGGAAAGUAAAUUUUGUGCAGAUGUAUAAAGCAUCUACCAAGAAUCACACCUUUGUUUUGGACUAUUUGUUUUGAAGAGAGCAUAAGAUUUAUUAUUGAAUUAUAGCAAUGCUGUUAAAUUGUACAGAAGAAAUUAGAUCUUCAAAGUGUGAUCAUUAAGAAAUACUUCCAAAAGUAUAUUUAAAAUCUGUUCUAUAUAUCCAACGAAGGUUGAGGUCAAGGGCAACUGGACUUGGUGGUUCUGUAUACUAAGGCAGGCAGGGCAACAAAUAUUACAAUCAUCUCAAGAGGUCUGUGUGAAACCUGGCUGAAUGAGUUCGACCUAAAGCCUUUCUGUAAUGUAUGUAGCUGUGUCCUGCAAUUUAUUUUUCCAGCACUGUGUGAAGUCAGUGGUGCGGGUGUAAUAAUGAAUUGUACGUUUAGAUAAGUUGAUCCGGCCAUCAUACAGGUGUUUCUGCUUCUUUUUGUUUCUGUCUGUCUAAAAGGACUGUACAAAACAAAGUGGAGCAUAACAUAAAAAAUGAGAGAAGCGGGGAUAUAGCAUUAGAGGUAUAACAUUACAGGCCUUAGACCACAUCAAAGAGGUGUUAUACCACUGUUGAUAAUUCUGUUGUAGUCAUACUAUUCAAAUGACUGAGUAUCAAACCAGCAACCAUUUGGUUACAGGGCAGAAACCACCGGCCUAAUCUGUGUAAAGCAAACACAGAGGGAAAGUAAAUGCAGCGGCAUGAACACCAGCAAGCACAACGAAAUUUAAAAGUUGCAUUCAGAUUUCACCAGGCACUUAAUGAGUGUGUCAACAAGCCUAUUGUUAGAAAUGAAAUGCAGCUGGGAGAAGCACGUGGAUGCAGCCAUGUUUAGAAAUGACUUAAUACUGCCGGGAAACAAAUUCAGUGAGGGGACUUUCUUUUAUAAACUGUUGUUCAGUUUAAAAACACACUGUUCGCGGGAAUAAUGUUGGAUGUGAUUAAUUUCUGUGAAGCCAAUUUAAUGGACCUUUGCCUGUAUUAUCCAACUACCUGCUGUGUGUAAUAUCAAAGAAUUGUUAAAAGUACAGUUUGAUGUGAUGCAGAACUUGUUGACGAAAAGUAAUAAAGAAUUCUGAAUCAC